CGCACGCGCGGAUGCGCCGGAAGUGUUCCAUUGCCCUCCACUAGCCGCCGUCCCAGUGCUGUCAGGAAAGCUGUAGGACAAACUCGCGUUUAAUCAUGGUGCUUGAGGAGAAAAAGAUUAUAAACGGAGACCCAGAGGAGGAGGAAGAAGAGGAGGAGGAAGAAGAAUUGGUGGACCCAUUAGAGACAAUCAGGCAAAAAUGUGCGGAGACAGAGCACUGCGUGCACGCGCAUGAGAAACUUGAGAUGUGUGAGACAAGGGUGGGCUCACGGUCAACUGAUGAGGAGUGUACUGAGGAGCUUUUCGAUUUCCUGCACGCUCGGGAUCACUGCGUGGCCCACAAGCUCUUCACGUCACUCAAAUGAAGCUCCUCAGUGCUCUGUCAUGGCUGUUGUCAGUACCACUAAUAAAGUUGUUAUAUAUAGGCAGUGAGGUGAUUACUGACAUUUCUUUCCUGACUGAGUUACCAUAAUGUACCUAACAGUGUGUCUGAUCUGAUUAUGAUCAUUUGUGAAUAAAAUGUCAAUGUGUACAUCUCUGAAUUAAAGAGGGUAAAGAUGA